AUGGAAACAAAAAUUCCCGUACAAAUCCCAUACGGCCAUCCUACGAAAGUUAAGAUCCACUUCUGUUGGGUUUGCAAGAAAGUGUUCAAGACCAACAUAAUGGUCGCUGCUCACAUGAAAAACCAUUUGGCCGAGGAACCAUAUCAAUGUCGCCUCUGCUUCAAAGAGUUUAUCUUCCCAACAAAACUGAAAAUUCAUGAAGGAAAUCACUUGAUCAACAAGUGCGAUGAUUGCCCUAUGCAAUUCGAUAAUGUACUCGGCCUGCUCUUACAUCGGAUGACUAGGCACACACCCGAAAGGCCUUACGAGUGCGAUAUGUGCGAAUUAGCGUUCAAGAGGAAAGCCAGUUUAGCUAAUCACCAGAGAAUCAUUCAUACUGACACCGACACUGAAGAUAGCGAAGAUGCAUAA